GCAGUGGGCAAUGAACAUCUCCAUCUGGGAGGGCGGGAGUAAUGAUGGUUUUCACACCAAUGAGUACCUCUGCUUUUAAUGGAAACAGCUGUCAGAUCCCAAGCAGAAAGGGAACGUAUGAAGGACCCUUCUCAUGACAGAAACUUAUUGCCGGUUGGAACAAAGCACAGAAACGCCAAGCUUUUGUACAGGUAACAAAGGCACACACUGCUUUUCAGAAACGAGAGGUUUGUUUUCCUCCCACGGCUCUGUGUGGUGCGUCGGCUGCCACCAUCCCCAGAGCCGAUUGCGUUUCAGUCACCUCAUAAUGGCACACUUAUUGUUUCUUCUACCUGUUGCACCCUGUCACUAAACUCUUUGCAGUCACACAGCAUCUGAUCAACUACUAGUGAUGCUUUCAUUUUCUCUUAAAUGCUAAAUAAUGAUCUCUGGUCAGUGGCUGUGGAGCCUCAGUGGCAUCCCUCAGCCGAAGAUGCACGGUGUAAGUGAAUGCAAAGCACCCCCAGUUAUAAACAGAUGUUAGGUCACUGCUCAUCUCUCUCAUUAAGGCAAUUAGUGACCUGUAGAAGAUGAUCAAUCAGGGAUUUUAUUCAUCUCGACAUUGGUGUCUGGUUGCCUGCACUGAAGGAUGCUGUUUAUAGUCCAGUUUCUAAUCUCUUCCUUUCCUGCUCAUUAUUAUUAUCAACCAAAGUGCCUUUUUGCUUCUGUUACCAAAACAGAAUCCCCCCCGCCACCGUUUUAGCAGCUAACAUCCACAAUGGGGGCAACUGAUCCAGCACAGGAGUUAAAUAUAACCGUGCCUAGUGUAAGGAGAAGAUUUAAUGGGAAAUGGUUGGCAUUCUUUCUUCCUAAAGGCACGGCGAGAGAGCGAGAGCGGUCGAGAGCCGUACACACACACACAGACACACAGACACACACGCAUCCCGCAGCGAGCGAGGAAAGAGGAAGCGAGCAGGCAAGACAGACAGAGAGGCAGAGUAGAGAGCGAGCAAGCCCCAAAGCAGAGCUGCGCCUCCAGGCUGCAGUUGCCCAGGGCGCAGGCAGCAUGUUUGCCCUCAGCCUUGUUGCCUGGGGAUUUUACCUUCAGCUUGUCUUCUGCUUUGCUUUCUCUCAGACUUCGUACGUUGACAAUGCCUUCUCAGUUUCCUCAGAUCUCCCUUGUUUGGAACAGAAGAAACAGCUUCACCACAGACCAUGCUGUCUCCUUGGCCCUCCUCCACCGCCCCUGUUUCCACCGCCAUACUUCAGGCACAGCUGGAGCACUAAGCUGCUUACUCUGGACAUGAAGGACUUGUGCCAGGAGCUCCAGAUAACAAUGCCCGAAUUGCAUUGCCCCACAGGGCCUCCUGGCCCCCAGGGUCCACAAGGAAUUCCUGGUAUAAUGGGACCAAAAGGGGAGAAAGGGGAGAUCGGCAGGCCAGGAAGAAAGGGUAGACCAGGUCCCCCGGGUGUCCCUGGGAUGCCAGGACCAGUAGGAUGGCCUGGACCUGUGGGACCAAAGGGUGAAAAGGGAGAUUUGGGUGUGAUGGGAUUGCCAGGUACAAGAGGACCAAUGGGCUCCAAGGGUUUUCCAGGAACUAGAGGAGAAAAGGGAUCCAGAGGUGACAGAGGUGACAAAGGAGUUAAAGGAGACCAGGGAGAAGUAGGCUCUCCUGGGAUGCUGGGACAGAAAGGAGAGAUGGGCCCCAAGGGACAAUCUGGAGCACCGGGACACAGAGGACCUAUAGGAAGACCUGGAAAACGAGGCAAACAAGGACAAAAGGGAGACAUUGGACCUGUGGGUAUCAUGGGCCCACCUGGAAGGCCUGGUCCUUCUGGCCAGCCAGGCCCCCCUGGACCUUCAGGAUCAGGGCAAUUUGCAAUAGGACCAAAAGGGGAAAGAGGACUUCCAGGACCUCCAGGGAGAUGUCUCUGCAGAUCCCCACAGAAUGUGAAUAAUCCACCAUAUGAGGAAUCUGUGUUUGGACACAGUUAUCCAAAAGUCCCUGCGAUUUUUGUGGUGAAUAAUCAAGAAGAAUUGGACCGGUUAAACACCGAAAAUGCCUUAGCUUUUAGAAGAGAUCAGAGAUCUUUGUAUUUCAAGGAUACCUUUGGAUGGCUCCCAAUCCAGCUCAGCCCUUUCUACCCUGUGGAUUAUCGCUUUGGGGACAGCGGUACCUGUGGAGAUGGGAUCAUCCAGGAUGGGGAAGAGUGUGACGAUGGCAAUGCAGUUGUGACAGAUGACUGCAUAAGAUGUCGCCGUGCUUACUGUGGAGAUGGCUACAGACAUGAGGGGGUUGAGGACUGCGAUGGGAAGGAUUUUGGAUAUUUGACAUGUAAAACGUAUCUCCCUGGGUCUUAUGGAAAACUGCGAUGCACUUCUUACUGCUACAUUGACUCUACACAGUGCCGAUACUUCACAUGAGGGGAGCAGAGGUGGGCAGCAUCCCACAUGUCACGGGGUGCUAGGUGCUACACUGUCAUCUAUCCAGGAAGGACUGGAACAAGGAGAAAAAAAAAAAAAAAAAAAGAGGAAAAAAAAACACCUCUGUGUGAAAAACAAACAAACAGAUGUCAUGCUGCUGAUGGCCAUUUUGAGAUGUUUGUCUUUUUUUUUUUUUUUUCUUUUUUAAGUCAGAUUGGGAAAAAAUAGGACCACUGCAUCCUGUCUUAAUAGAGAAAUGUCAAACAGUGUUUGCCAGUAAGACUUUUGGGUGGCUGUGUGUGAGAACUUGCUCUAUCACAAAUGCUACUGGAAACUGAAUGUCACUAACCAGGAAUAUCAUGUAACAAGACAACAUUACCUCGACUUAGCACUGUUCAGCCUAAGUUCUUCAGGGUUUUUGUUUUUCAACCUUCUCUGCAUAAACACAAAGUGUAUCUUGGACAUGGUGUUUAUAGAGACUUUCUCUUUUAUUACAAUGUGAACUUCCUAAGUGUUGUGUCUACGUGAGUGAUGAUGACUUCAGCGGCAUUAAGGUUAGCUGCACGCCUUUGUGGAUUGAAGAGCAGGGGUCUUUCAGUUAAGUGCUUUAAAGAUCAGCAGAUGGGGCAAAAAACCUCCAGGCAAAGAAAUUGGGCUGGAUCUAUCUGCAUGCAUCCACAGAAAGGCGAGCUGUAUCACAGGGUCUGAACCUGCAGACCACAAAGGCUGGAGUGGCCAAACAAAGGGUGACACAGGACGAGCCUAUUUCCUUUUUUCACCUUCGCCGAGCCGGCUGCGUUCUGCGUGAGCCCAAAGGGACUGGGGCAGUGCUGGUUGCCCUCCUGAAACCUCAACACAGCCACGUAUGUGUGGCCUUCACUCUGGUUUCUGUGCUGUAAGAUCUUGUCAUUCUCCUCCCCUUGUCCAGCUGAUCUUCGUCCUUCUGUGCCAGCUGUGCCCCAGCCUCUCUCCCUGUGUGCCGACCCCUCUCGACCGCUCUCGGUUCCUGCCAUCGUGUCUGGAGUACCCCAGUGUGCCUCCUCACUUUUGUAUCUCCGUGAAACAAAUCCUGGCCUAGCGUGUUUGUGGGUGCUCAUUCAUGCUGUAUAAUGUACAUAUAUACUUGUUUUUCACAGGUUCAGUCAACUCUGUUAGCUCUGAUAGGAGUCAGGGUAAUUAUAUACUUAUUUAUUAGCAAGCAUUAAAGAGUAAAUUUUACAUAUUAAAUACGUUAUGUGCAAAAGAGUUCAUAACAGAAGAAAAUGGUGCAGAGAUGUGUGGAAUUCAGGACUAAGAGCCUCAAAUCAAGGUGUUAUUUUCAUACAGGCCACUCUUUUCUGCUUUGCCUUAAAUGCUGCACUUGAAUGUUUGAAAUGCGUGAGUUGUUUGUAACAAUGACGGCUGCACUUACACAGUUACUUCUGUAAAGGUUAAAUAAAGGUGGAUAUUACUUUGUGAUGAUAACGCAUUAAAGUAACCGAGAAAUACGUACAACCACCUGUAUAGGAGAUUGUAACUCUGCAUGUCCAACGUGAUACUGGAAAUCAUCAAUUAAAUGAAAAAUAAACAAAAUUAGUGUACUCUGUGGCUAUUGCUUACCUGGGCUGCUUGUGCUGCUGUGAAGCUGAGCCACCAACAUUUGUAGCCCAGUUCACUAGUUCACAACACUUCUUGUGGCUUUUAAAAAUUUAAUCAGAGGUCUUAAUAAAAGGCCAAGGAACCAAUGGGACAAGGAACAUGGCAUAAGCUCUGGAAGUCCAUGCACUAGAAGAGCUGCCUUUUAGUCCCCUGCCCUGCUGCAAGCCACGGGUUUCAGCAGCACCACACCAUCCCGGUGGGAUCUGUCACCUUCUCCAAGGAGUUUAUCUCUACUUCCAGCACCCAAAAGGCUGGAGUCCUGGAGAAAUUUUAAGUCCAGCUUUAAGUCCUGGUGUUUUUAAAAGCUCCUACCUGCAAAAGAGGUUGUAAAGCCGAGCACAUCAAAGGCAGGAAACAUAAAAAGGAGUUGCGAUAACUUAUGUAGGAUUGUCGUGCGUUGCAUGUGUCCAGGAAGGUGUGCGUCAGAAAACAUUUAUAAAGUGUGGAUUUUAAAUGGACUUUAUGAAUACAGCACAAACAAUUCAGCAUCUUAACAAAAAGAAAGGAAUAGAAGAUAUUAGGCAAAAAAAGAAAAGGACAUGGAACAAGGUUCUUA